CCCUCUUGAUCUUUAACUAUCUCAAUUAUCCUUAUUAGCUCAUAAAACUUUUGAAACCUUGAAUUCAUUUGUUCUUUGGAGAGAAAAAGCUCAUAACGGAUGGAAGUGAAAGCAUGUACACGGAUACAGGAUUAAUUGAGCGGAAAGAGCUAUGGAUUGUCUCUGCGUGGCCUUCAACUCGUCUCCAUUAAACUUCAGUCACAAGCUUCAUCCUCAGCAGCCUCUUAAAGUAGGGGCUUUACCAUGCUUUGCCAGAGCAAGCGCAAACCUAGCUGUGUCCUCCUCAAAUAAGAAGGCAUUCUCAAUAUCAUCAUCAUCGUCACCGUCAUCAGAGAGAGAAUGGAGAGAGAUGAUGAUGGACAUAGAGAGUUGUGGUUCCGCAGUCCCAGUCCUGAGGAGUCUGCUCACGCGGCGUCGUCACCUUCCCAGAGAGCUUCUUGUGGGCACUCUCGUCAGAUUCACUCAACUCAAACAAUGGAAUACCGUUACUGAGGAUCCACAGAUACUUGAAUGGCUUCGAUGGCAGUACUGGUGGAAUUUCAGUGAGAUGGAUUUCAAAAUGCUUGUUUCAGCCUAUGGAAAGCAGGGCGACUCUGAGAAGGCAGAGGGUACAUUGAGAUCAAUGAAAAAAUCUGGUUUGGAUUUGGAUGUUGUAAGUUAUACAGCCCUUAUGGAGGCAUAUGGAAGGGCAGGACACUACAACAGGGCAGAAUCCAUAUUCAGACAAAUGAAAUCAUCUGGCCCAGAGCCAUCAGUGUUAACAUACCAUACAAUCAUAAAACUGUUUGUGGAGGGUGGAAAAUUUGAAACAGCUGAAUCAGUUUUCAAUGAUAUUUUGGAUGAUGAAAAAUCUAAAGUGAAGCCAGACCAGAGGAUGUUCCAGUUGAUGAUACACAUGUAUAAGAAAGCUGGAAAAUCUGAUCAAGCUCUCCAAAUUUAUGAACAAAUGGUUGCUAGGGGAAUUCCUUUAUCAACUGUCACAUUUAACAUUCUAAUGAGUGGCCAAAUGGAUUUCAAGAAGACAUCCAGGGUAUUUAACCAGUUACAACACGCUGGAUUUCGACCUGAUGUAGUCAGUUAUACACAGUUGAUCAGUGCAUAUGGAAAGGCAAGGAGAGAAGAGUCAGCACAAGCAGUUUUUGAUGAAAUGGUUGAUGCUGGUGUCAGACCGACACGAAAAGCUUAUAAUGUCUUGUUGGAUGCAUAUGCCAAGUGUGCAUUAGUCGAUGGAGCUAAAUCUGUAUUUAAAAGAAUGAUGCGAGACAGAUGCCAUCCUGACUUGUGUUCAUAUUCAACUCUUUUAUCUGCAUAUGUCAAUGCCUCUGACAUGGAGGGAGCAGAGAAGUUCUUCCUUAGAUUGAAAAGGGACGGGAUUGUACCAAAUAUUGUUACAUAUGGAAUAUUGAUAAAAGGAUAUGCGAAAAUCAAUAAUUUAGAUGAAAUGACAAAGAAGUAUGAUGAAAUGCGAUUACAGGGUAUCAAAGCAAAUCAAACUAUAUUCACUACGUUGAUGGAUGCUUAUGGUAAGAAUAUUGACUUUGGGAGUGCUGUAGUAUGGUUCAAAGAAAUGGUAGCUUCAGGAAAUAAACCUGAUAGGAAAGCAAAAAACAUUCUUCUUUCACUCGCUAAAAACCUUGAAGAAAAACAAGAAGCUCUGGAUCUUGUUGGAAGCUCUCAGGAAUGACAUUAUCUUCUUCUUUUGUGCAUCAUUUAUUAAAAACUGCUCAUUUUCUUUCA